AAUCUGCCGGGCUAAACAUGGCUGCUCAAAAACUCACUGAAGACAGUUAGAGCACGAAAACUUUAAAAAAAAAUUGUUUUUACAUUACUUGUAAUCAUUUAAAGACAUUGAAAGUGCUUCUACUCAUAUAACAAUAUUUUCCGCUUGUAAUUUAUUUGGUUUUUAUCAAUCUUUGUGCGAAUCUGUUGACGUUGAAGCUUGCUAGCUGGCUAUCUUCCCAAUAGAGAAGGAUGAGUUCUGCAGGUAGCAUUAGCUGCCUUAUUGCUAAAGGACUGGACAUAAGUCUGUCUGCCCUGCAGAAACAAGACCCUUACAUAAACAACAUUGUGGACGUGGCCAGCCAAGUCGCCCUAUAUACUUAUAAUAACCGGGCGAAUGAGUGGGAGAAGACAGAAGUAGAGGGCACUUUGUUUAUUUACACAAGAUUGGCAUCUCCCAGGCAUGGCUUCACAAUAAUGAACCGCCUUAGAAUGGAGAAUCUGACAGAGCCCAUUACAAAAGACUUGGACUUCCAGCUGCAGGACCCUUUCCUUCUUUACCGUAAUGCACGAUUGGUUAUUCACGGGAUCUGGUUCUAUGAUAAGCAGGACUGUCAGCGUAUUGCAGAAAGGAUGAGUUGUUUGACACAGCAGGAGCAGAUCCUCGCUCAGUCUCAGGGUGGCUCCUUAUCCCCAGCAGCAAGAGCAAGAGGAAGAGGAAGUGGAGGUGGAGGAGCUGCUGCUGGCUUAGUAGGAGGAAAUAACGAGGCCAAAGGGGUUGACAUCAUUCAGAUGUUGACCAAGGCACAAUCAGAGUACCACAAGUCUACCUCAGAGCCAAAGGAGAUUGGAGGCAGCAGUGUUCUGUGUGGAAAUCCAAACCUGAUCAAACCAAUACCAGUUAAACCAAGCACUCAGGUCAGUUCAGGUACAGAUACCACGGUUCUGACCUUAGCCCCUCUGUUAAACUCUCAACAUCAGCACCACCGCUCUCUUAAAUCUGACCCAGUUCCUCCCGUAGCUGCUCCCACAUCAGCCGGAAAAGUUGCCCGCCCACCUGUCGCCCGCACACUGACUUACGAGGAUUCAUUAAACUCUGGCAGAAAUGUUGCCCCGACUGGAGGUCUAGACACAGGUGUCCGGCCGAUAGAUGGGGAAGAGGGUAAGAACGCUCUCCAUCAGCUGCCGAACCAACUUCAACACUGUCCGGCCAUUGCCAAACUAAUGCAGGGACAGAGGGGAGCCACAGGAGCCGGGGGCAUGCUUCAAACACUGUCUGAGUCCCCCGAGAACCGGCUGUGUGAUAACGGGCUUCCGUUCGAACACCACCACCACCAUCAUCAGCAGCUCCACUCCCAUCACCACCACCAGGAGCAGCAGCAGCAGCAGCACGACCCAAUAAAGAAACUCCUGCAAAGCCAUCCACCUCUUCCACUUGCCACUUCUUUCACCUCCGCUUCUACUCCGGCUCUGCAACAGAACCCUCAUCCCACCUCCCAGCCUGCUCACGUGGAUUCUGUGGCACGUUCCCACCUCGAAGUACAACAAGGUCAGCAGCUGUUGCUCAGCCUGGCGAAGUUACAGGAACAGAUACAGCAGAGGGGGCAGAUGGACUCUACUGCUAUGGGAACAGGUCUGUCACUCCAGAGGCAAGGUGUGCUUUCUCAUCACGAGCUUCUCCAGAAGCUCCAGUUGGUCCAGCAGGAACAGAGCCUGACUUCUCAUGAGCAUCCUCGACCCCAUCCACAUCCAGGACUGGCACCUCGAUUUCUGGGGCCCAGUCAGAAUGAAAGCCCAGCCUCAUCUUUAGGCACAGUCCCAACCCAGACUGCAGUCACCUCAGAUAAAAAAGAUGACCUGCAAUUUCCGAUCAUCUCCCCCCAGCGGAUACCUGCCACAGUGGCCCCCACUCUACUCCUCUCUCCCAGUGUGUUCUGUCAGACAAAGCCCAGCAGUGGGCUGCUAGCAGCUGCUCCAGACAGCAGCUCUGCACCCUCAACCUUAUGCAAACCCCCACUGCAGGGGGAGGUCAGAGCUCUUUCUAGAAGCCAGCUUCAAGCAACACUGCUGCAUCUGAUCCAGACUGACUGCUCAUUCCUGGACUCCAUCUAUGAAGCAUACGUCAGCCGCUUUGCUAAUGGCACCAGCAGCAAGUACUGAUGACUCUACACAUCUCUCCCUGUCUAAAAGCAGAAUCUGAUGUUUAGUGAGCCACUUCAUCCAAAUCACACUUACUGUAUUUAAUCUCGACAGUACAACUCUGUUCACUUAGACAUAUCUUAAAAAAAUACAUACGGGUACAGAAAUGCAAAAUAUUUUACCAUCAGCAGUAAAAUGCAACUUUUCAGUAAUUUGACUGUUUAGAAAAAAUAGAUAAAUGUUUGGUGCAAAUCAAAAGUGGCAUCACCACAAAGGAUAAACUUGAACUAUAUGUUGAUAUAGAUAUGUUAAUAAAAAUAUUUUAUUCCUUUUAGCACCAGACAGCCUACUAAGCUGUAAAAAACCUAUUCCUGUAAUAUCUUUUUAUUACAUUGCUUGUUCAAGGAAUUAUUAGAUGGCAAAUGUGUUUAUCAACCUGCAGGGUUUAAAGUUGGACUUUUAUUGCAUUCUACUAAGAAAAAAAACGAUGAUAAAUAUGUCAAUUGACAUUAUAAAAAAAUAAAUUGAAUAAUUUUAUCAGUCAUGUGACAUUUGAAAGGCAUGAAUCAUAAUUUCUUCUUUUCAGUUGUGUUCCGGCUUGUAGUUCACUUUUCAAGAGCUUGAAAUUGAAAAAUUAUUUUAAAAAUAUGAAGGAACAAAGUCCAGCACAACACAGCCCAGAAUGCAGCAAAAUAUUGCCAAAAAACAAUUACAUGACCUUCGGAUUGCUGAACUUGUGCAUGAAUGCAUAAUACAAUGUCUGCCCAAAAAAAAAUAGUGGUAUCAAAGUCUCCAGCUUGAAUUUAAGUUCAUAAAUUUAAGAUUUAUCUGAUGAGGAUGACAAAGUGAGGUGAGAAGUUUUCUGUAAAGCAGUAGUGACUGAAGAGACCAGCAGCCGCUGGAAAGAUCAAAGGGAACUCUGGUUAGUAUAGAUUGCCUUUGAGUCCACACACUGGGAAAGGAUCACUGGUCACAUAACUAACAUUCUGGCGGCAUUCAGACAUUGUAAUUUCUUCCCCAGUUCUGGCCAACAUUGUCACUCUGAUAUGUCAGCACAUUCCUCCAAGCAAAAUGUGUCACUAGAAUCACCUACUUUGUAUUAGCGAGCCAUGCAAUGGUUGUGAAAGUCAAACUUAUUAUUCUGAGAACACGGCAUAUCACUCUGCUCAAGCUCUAUAAGUAUGUCUGCAUUUAGUUUCCCUAUAACAACGUGGUUUAUGGCCUUAAGAAGUCACUUAAAGCAAGUGUUAUUCAUGUGGAAAUAAAACGGAAGGUAAACACUGAGACAGUAGCUGCUAUCAGACAGUAAUUUGGCUCAGGCACAGAGAAAAGAAAAAUGUUGCAGCUAAAGCCAAUUAUCCUGGCAAAACAUGCAGGACAAUUGUUUAAAAAUUGGCAAUUCAAUUCAAUUCAAAAAUACUUUAUUAAGUAUUUUAAAAUGAUAUGUGGACAUCUGUUUUUUACUGACAGAACGUUUGGGCCUGUGGCUCAGAUGGUAGGUAACCGGUGGGUUGCUGGUUCGAACCCCCGGCUUGUCUGUUUCAGUCGUUGUGUCCUUGGGCAAGACACUUCACCCUCCUUGCCUAGUGAUGCUGGUCAGAGGGCCCGGUGGCGCCAAUUGCAUGGCAGCCUCGCUUCUGUCAGUCUGCCCCAGGGCAGCUGUGGCUACAAUGUAGCUUACCACUGUCAGUGUGUGAAUGGAUUGGUGGAUGACUGAUUGUAGUGUAAAGCGCUUUGGGAUCUCUGGGGACUUUAUAAAGCGCUAUACAAGUGCAGGCCAUUUACCAUUAACAUAAAAAGUUAAAACCGCUGUUAAAAGUAUUUUCUUAGCUGAUAACUUUAUGCUCACAAACAACAACAGCGGUCCCCUUUGUGGCCUGGUUGUUUACUCCCUGCUUGAGCUGUCUGUCCUAGCCCCUUCCUUCAGUUGUUCUUUUCUGCUUUUCUGCUUUGAAAAACAAUGGAAAGGACAAUUACAUUUUAUUUUUACUGUUUUAUAUUUUCAGUAUUUAAAGGUUUUAGGUUCUAAAAUGUUAAUAUUUGCCCUUUAAAUGAAGAUGUUGCCAGUUAUGCAAGAGACUGAUCAAAGCUACAGCAAGAUAUUAUUUAAAAUGUGUUUUUGUCAGGAUGCUUGGGAUAACAUUUAGACAUUUAUGGCUCUUCAUGUAAUUAGUAGUGCUCUUUUUGUCCUUACCAUCCUAUUCCUGUGGGGGUUAAAAUUUACAAUCUUAGUCAAACUUCAAUAAACAAAAAACUUCAGAAAAGUGACAACUUGCACUACCACACAGACUGCUCAUUUGGACGUGGAGCUUUGCUCUCGUGACACAAGGUGAUACAGCAGUUUAUAAGGUUAGCAAUAAUUAACUUCAUUUAUAUUAAAACCUUUCAAGAUAAGAAUCACAAAGUGCUUCACAACAAAGAAACAAUAGAAAUAAAACACAACAUAUGAAACAAACACAAACAGAAAGAAUAAAUGCUUGGCUAGAAAUGUUUUAGCAUGCUGUGAUGCUGAGGUUGUUGCCACAUUGUAAGCUUCAAAAAAUGUGCAGCAAAAUAUCACUAUGUCAACCUACGAUUUGCACAGUUGUACGUUUUAUUCACUUCUUACGUUUUCAGUUUAAUUGAACUGAUCUGACGCUUCUAGUUGUUUUAGUAAAACCUUAUUUAAAUAAUUGAAAUAAUUUAAAACACAACUGCUACGAACAUUUUAAGCAUAUCCAGUCCAUCCACUUUCUGCUUGGUUGUAUUUGGUUAGAAGUAUCUUUCUUUGGCCGGGUCGAUGUGUAUUUAGCUUUUGCUGGAACUUUGUACAUAGCUGGUCUAUAUUGUAGCAGUCACACAAAAACAGCAGAGGAUGUUUAUAAAAACAUGAUUUUUCUAUUGGAGAAGAAUAACAUGUAGCUCAAACAAUGCCAGUAAACCGCAUGCUGCAUUUAAUUUCUAAGAUCUGUUUAUAUUUUUAAUUCAAAGUUUGUUGUCUGAUAAUUUUUUUUUUAUGUAAGAAAUUUAGUCCAAAAAAUAGAAAAUUGUAUUUUUUAAUUGGCUAAUAAAUGUUCCACCCCAUUA